AUGGUUGUCCACAUCUUGGGUAAGGGUUUCAAAGGUAAAGAAGUGGUGCGGAUCGCUCUCGCCUCCAAAUUCUACGGGAUUGGUUUGAAAACGUCGGAAGCACUAUGUUCGAAACUUGGAUUUUAUCCGUGGAUCAGAAUGCACCAACUUACAGAGUCGCAGAUCAUGAGUAUCACUAGUGAACUUUCAAAUAUGACUAUAGAAGGCGAUGCUAGGGCCAUUGUUAAGGAGAACAUUGCAUUGAAGAGAAGAAUUGGGUCAUACGAGGGUAUGAGACACGCUUUGAACUUACCUGUACGCGGCCAACACACAAGAAAUAACGCCAAGACGGCGAGAAGACUCAAUAAAGUAGAUAGAAGGGGCUAUCAUACGUCUAGCUCAAACAUGUCGAGAAAAACUUCGCUUUGGGGCGCUCUCAAAAGCAUGAUUGGUUACUAG